AUGUCCGCCGUUCUCCAGUUCCUCGGAACCUUCGCCGUUGUCUACUGGGUCCUCACUCUCUUUCUCUACAUGUUGUCCCGCAUACUCCCACCCGCUGGGUUCGUUGCACGUUCCCUCGCCUCGUAUGCCUCUCUCCUACUUUGCGCCUGUUACGGGGUCGUUGCCUCUAUCGUAUUGCGCGCCGUGGGAUAUGGUCGGAUUUCACAAUGGGCCACCGCAAGGAGCUUCAAGUAUGUCAUGUGGUGUACAACUGGCAUCCAGUUCGCGAUUGAAGACCCGAACGACUACCUGAACAAGACACGACCCGCCGUCUUCAUUGGGAAUCAUCAGACGGAGCUCGAUGUCCUCAUGCUGGGACACAUAUUCCCCAAAUACUGCUCGGUUACUGCAAAGAAAUCGUUGAAGAACGUCCCUUUUCUGGGAUGGUUCAUGGCUCUGUCGCGUACGGUCUUCAUUGACAGGGCCAAUUCGACGAAUGCACGACAAGCCAUGGCAGGCGCGGCUGAGGAGAUCCAGAGGGAGAAGCAGAGUGUUUAUAUAUUCCCCGAGGGCACAAGGAGCUAUGCUAAGGAGCCAACGUUGCUACCAUUCAAGAAGGGGGCUUUCCAUUUAGCCGUCCAGGCAGGUGUGCCAAUUGUGCCGGUGGUGGUAGCGAACUACUCAGAUGUGCUAUAUGCGAAAGAGUGGAGGUUUAACGCUGGAACAAUUCCCGUUAAAGUCUUAAAACCCAUUGAGACGAAAAAUUUGACUUCUGCCGACGUCGAUGAUCUAACGCGCGAUACUCGGGAAUUGAUGCUGAAGGAGCUCGUAAGCUUAACAUCCAAAUCAAGAGGAAAACCUAUCGCAAUGACGGCA